AGAGAGAGAGAGAGAGAGAGAGAGAGAGAGUGUGUGUGUGUGUGUGUGUGUGUGUCUCCUGACUGAGUCUGGAUUAGCUCGUGUGGCGUCACGGCUCCUCGCUCGUGUUUUAAACCGGCUUUACAAGAGUCCCUCAGCGGAGAAGCGGCGCGUCUCGAGAGCAGAGCGGGCGUUAAACGGAGCCGCAGGCGGAGACUCGUUCAUUCAUGAGUCUGUAGACGCUCGGGAAGCCGCUAUGUCUGUGCAAACCCCGCUUCAGGUGAUGAACAUCCCCUGGAGGAACAAUAACUUCAGCCUGCUGAGCCGCGAUCCGCCUCUGUCCGAUCAGGGAGAGACGAUCAUCGGCGUCUACCUGCUGAUCCUGGGUUGGUUGUCGUGGUUUGGAAACAGCAUUGUGAUCUUCGUUCUGUUCAAGCAAAGAUCGUUUCUGCAGCCCACCGACUAUCUGACGCUCAACCUCGCCAUUUCUGACGCCAGCAUCUCCGUGUUUGGAUAUUCCAGAGGAAUCCUCGAGAUCUUCAAUGUCUUCAGGGAUAACGGAUACCUCAUCACCUCUGUGUGGACAUGCCAGGUGGACGGCUUCUUCACGCUGGUCUUCGGUCUGGGCAGCAUCAACACUCUGACCGUCAUCAGCAUCAGCAGAUACAUCAAGGGCUGUCACCCCAAUAAAGCUCACUGCAUCACCAACACCGCUGUGCUGACGUUUGUCAUCUUCAUCUGGACAGGAGCCCUGUUCUGGUCCGGAGCGCCAAUCCUGGGCUGGGGAAGCUACAUGGAUCGUGGAUAUGGCACGUGUGAGAUCGACUGGGUCAAAGCCAACUACUCCACCAUCCACAAGUCCUUCAUCAUCUCCAUCCUCAUCUUCUGCUUCUUCAUCCCCGUGCUGAUCAUGCUGUUCUCGUACAUCUCCAUCAUCAACACGGUGAAGAGAGGAAACGCCAGGUCAGCCGAGAGAGAUCUGACCGACAGACAGCGCAAGAUCGAGAGAGACGUCACCGUCGUGUCUAUAGUGAUCUGCACGGCCUUCAUCCUGGCCUGGUCUCCGUACGCGGUCGUGUCCAUGUGGUCAGCGUGUGGUUUCCACGUGCCGAGUCUCACCAGCAUCUUCACGCGGCUCUUCGCCAAAUCCGCCAGCUUCUACAACCCUCUCAUCUACUUCGGCCUGAGCUCCAAGUUCCGGCGAGACGUGCGCGUGCUGCUGCCCUGCGGCGGAGAGACCACAGACGCCGUCAAGCUCAAGCGCUUCAAGAAGAUCCAGAGAUUCAGAGCCGAGGAGAACCGCCAAUUACACAAGAACCAGAGAAAACCCCCUCUGGCAAACCCCGCCCCCGGCCCCGCCCCCGCUGUGUGCAGUCACCUGGAGACUCCGCCCCCCGCAGGUGCACAGGUGUUCUUCAUCAACGCGCCCGAGCCGCCAGACACACCGGAGUCCGAGUGCGUCAGACUAUAGAUCACACUCGCAUUAUUAUUAUUAUUAAACACCUGCAAAAUUAAGGUUUUUGUUUAAUUAAUAUGUGUCCCUGCAGCACAGAAGCAGUCAUCAGUGUCACAGACGUAUAUUAGUAGAAAUAAACAACAAUUCAUUGUAUGAGUCACAAUUAUACAUUUCUCUUUUAUGCCAAAAAUCAUUAGGAUAUUACGUAAAGAUCAUGUUCAUGAAGAUAUUUAGUAAACUUCCUACCGUAAAUAUAUAAAAACUUCAUUUUUGAUUAGUAAUAUUCAUUGCUAAGAACUUCAUUUGAACAACUUUAAAGAUGAUUUUCUCAAUAUUAAAAUUUUUUUUGCACCCUCAGAUUCCAGAUUUUCAAAUAAUUGCAUCUCAGACAAAUAUUGUCAUUUGCUAAGAAACUUAAUCAUCUUUGGGAUUAUGCAUGAAUUUCAAUUAAAAAAGAAAUUGACCCUUAUGACUGGCUUUGUGCUCCAGGGUGAUGUGUGUGUGUUAUAUAUUUAAUUUAUAAUGUGAGCUUGUUUAUGUGGUUAACGAGGACACAAAUUUGUAUAAUGACAUGGGUAUGGCACAGGUAUUUACAAUGAGGAGGUGGUUUAUGAGGACAUUUUUAGUGUCCCCGUAAUUCAAAACGCUUAUAAAUCAUACAGAAAUAGUUAUUUUGAAAAUCCAAAAAUGCACAAAGUUUCCUGUGAGGGUUAGGGUUGGGCAAUAGAAAAUACAGUUUGUACAGUAUAAAAACCAUUACACCUAUGGAGAGUCCCCAUAAACCACAUAUACCAAUGUGUAAUGUAUGUAUGUGUAUGUGGUGGAGUUGGCGCAGUGGAUAAGACACACGCCUUUGGUGUGAGAGACCUGGGUUCAAAUCCACUGUGAGUCACCGACACUUAACUUGCUCCGGAGGUGUGCGACCUCUGACAUAUAUAUAUCAAUUGUAAGUCGCUUUUGAUAAAAGCCUCAGCUAAAUGAAUGUGUGUUAAAAUGUUAAUAUUAUACAAUGGAAAUUAUAUAUACAGUACAUUAUAAAUAUACACACCACACACACAUAUUAUAUACACAAAAACUUUUAUUUUGGAUGUGAUUAUUUUAUUUUGGAUGAGUAUAUGUGAACUGUUGUUUUGUUUUUUAAUAAGCGUGUUCAUCAACAUUAAGUGAAAAGUGACAUUCAGUCCAGUAUGGUGUUGAAGGUGGAGAGAGAGCUUUUCAUGCACUCCCCCCACCCACAAUUCCGUCUGGCCCUGGACUAGAACCCACAACCCUUCAAUUGGGAGUCCAACCCUCUAACCAUUAGGCCAUGACGUAUAUGAAAAUAUAAAAAAAAAAAUCAUAAAAAAAAAUUUCGGAGUGAAAAACUUUCCUGAUUUUUUCUUAGAGAUUUUAUGGCGUUUAAUAAUCUUGGUUAACAUCAAUUUCAACUUUUAAUUAAACAUUUUUAAAAUCAAA